AUGGCCGCUUUCCAACGAAACCUCGCCAUCGCGGCGGUGUUUAUGUUCACCUGCAUCUCCAUCAUCUACCUGGUCCCGAUCUUAUCCGGGGAUCAGAGCUCACUCCUCGGCUACAUUCACCACAAAGCAGGAUUCGAUCCCCCCGAGGCGGUCAACUUGGUCCCUACAAAAGUCGCGGAUGGUGAAACCACAGUUGCGUCCAUCACGACGGCCAAGACAACUUCUACAUCUGUGACCAACCCCGCUGUCUCAGUCCCUGCACCCCCUGAGGGCAAAAUCUCGAGGCUUCACUACUUGAUCCCCGCCAGCCAGCCCAACCUGCACUUGUGCUACAACCUAGCCUCGUCGGCCGCCAACCGCUACCCCGUGCCCGCACUCCUUGGCUUCCAUGGCCAGGGCGAGUGGGAUGCCAAGAAGACACACCUGGCCAAGCUCCGUGCCAUCAUGCGCUACCUGGACGCACUCGACGCUGCCGACGACGAGGACCUGGCCAUCAUCGUCGACGGCUACGACGUUCUCCUGCAGCUGCCCCCCGCGAUCAUGAUUGAGAGGUACUUUGAGGUGGCCCAAAAGUCCGACGCCCAUCUGGCCGACCGCUUCGGCUUGACCGUCAAGGAGCUGCACGCCCGGGGGAUGCGCCAGAGCGUCUUCUGGGGCCCCGACAAGAUCUGCUGGCCGACCGACCCGCGCGCGAGCCGUUGCUGGGCUGUGCCCGCGUCGCCCCUUGCGCCGGACGCCUUUGGCCCCAAAGAGGGUAACGGCGACAUGGCCUUUAACGACCCGCGCUGGCUCAACUCGGGCACCGUCAUCGCCCGGAUCGACGACCUGCGCAAGCUCAUGCGGGCAACCCUGGACGAGAUCAAAGACACAUAUGACGAGGAGUACGAGUUUCGAGAGUCUGACCAGUACUACGUCGCCAACAUCUGGGGACGCCAAGAGUACUACCGAUCCCUGGCCGUGAAUGAAGGGGAGCCCGUCGCCGGCGGCCCUGACGACCGCAUCAUCCCGGACAAGUUCCAUGAGGACCAGGAGACCGAGUGCCACGUCUCCCUCGACUACGAAUCCGCCAUGUUCCAGACCAAGGCCGGCAACGAACCCUGGUUCGGCUAUCUCGAGUUCAGCACUUCUGGCCUCAACGCCAAUGUCACGCGGGACAUGUUCGACGAGGGCGACAGCUUCGUCCCCUUUGACAUCUCCAUGCCCGCCAACGUCUACGCCGCCCUGACGCGCCUCUACGACACCGUGCCCCAGGCGCACCCGGGGGCGUCCAGCAACGACUGGAUCCGCUCCAUCCGGCUCGGCGUCAAUUUUGUGACCAAGCACAUCUUCCCCCUGUGGCACUGCACUGGCGCCAAGGAGUUUGUCGAGUCCGAGUACACCAAGCUGUGGUUCUACCCCUUUGCCCACUCCCUCAUCAGGGCCACCGUCAACGCCUUCCGGCAGGGGGAGCUGAUCACCUACCACAAGGUCGACGGGCGCCUCUGGGCGCCCAAGGGCGUCUACCCUGACGAGACCGAGAUGGACGACGAGCUGGGCGGCGCGUGGACAGAUCUUGACGGGGCGAGUUUUGUCCCGUGGCAUGAACUCUGUUCUGAAUACACCGACCAGCUAUUUGCGGGCGAGUUGCCUCGGUCGAAGAAACCCUAA